UGCCUCUAUGCGUUGCUGCCUCCACGCGCUGCACUGCCCUAUUUUAGUUCACUGUAACGGCUGUCUCCCUUCCAAUCGCUUUAGCAAUACUGAUUUUUUCUAAACAUGGCUACAGGCACAUAUCUGUAGUCGCCCGCGGUGCGCUGCGUGAUCUGCGUGACAAAACUGGAAGCUUUUCUAAGUAUGUGGAUUACAGGUAAGACAGAUCAGACUUCCCAGCGAGACGCAAUAUUCAACGAUCUCUACUCGGAAUGUAGACUCGCCCCACCAGGUGCUCGGCUCUCAUACCUUGUCCGCAAUAAGAUUGAGCGUCUCACGCGAGAGGAGCGGAAGGACAUAGUUUCGCGUCUUCGAGAAGGAUGUGCACCAUUGUUCGUUGCAUGCAAGAAGGGCAACUCGGACAUUGUGGAGUACCUGAUAACCAUGUGUGGAGCUGACUUGGAACAACGAGGUGUUUACGAAGUGACUGAUGACCGCUCGAUCCACUUUGUGACGCCACUGUGGUGUGCGGCAGUGGCAGGCAAGCUGGCAGUCGUCAAACAGCUGAUCGACUAUGGCGCGAACGUGAACAGCGUUUCGGACACCGGCUCAACGCCAGUGCGCUCUGCGUGCUUCAUGUCGCACCGUGAAGUAGUCAUGUACCUCGUGAACCACGGUGCUGACAUCCUGAAACCCAAUUACAACGGCGGCACCUGCCUCAUCAACUCGGUGCAGAGCGUGAGCCUGUGCCGUUUCCUGCUGCGCCGAGGUGCGGACGUGAACGCGCAGGACGUGCAGCUCAAGACAGCGUUGCACUACGCCAUCCAGGAGCAUCGGUUCGACACGACACGGCUGCUGCUCGAGCAACGUGCCAACCCGUUUCUGCGCAGUCGGUACGGCGACGACGCGCUCCAGACGGCCUGCCUCAAGGGUGCCGCGCAGAUCUACGAGUACCUCGUGAGCACUGUCGAGUACAGCGCCGCGCGACGUGCCGAGGCUGACGAGCUGAUGGGCACCACGUUCCUCGACGAACACCACGACGUCCAGUCGGCGCUCUUUUACUGGCGACGGGCGCAGGCGCUGCGUGCGCGCGACAGCGUGCCCAAGCCCUUGGGCGGGCUGACGCGGCGGCCGGCUUUUCAGAUGGCCGCGGAGUACGCGAACGCCGACGAGCUCGACGCGCUGGCGCACGACCUGGACGCGCUGCGUACCCAGUCGCUCCUCAUGUGUGAGCGCAUCCUGGGCGCGCAGCACAAGGACACUGUGUUCCGGCUCAUGUACCGCGGUGCCGCGUACGCGGACAGCAUGCAGUACCAGCGCUGCAUCGACCUGUGGCAGUACGCGCUCGAGCUGCGCGUCGCCAAGGACACGCUGCUGCACACCGAGGCUGGCCAGGCGGCCGCGGCCCUGGUGCGCCUCUACCUCGACAUGCUGGACAAGGGCCGCGCGGGCCUGCUGCGCGACCGGCUGCGGCUGGACGACGUGCUGGCCACGGCGCGGCUGCUGGUCGACCGGUGCGGCGAGUCGGCGCGACUGCUUGCCGAGCGGCCCGUGUACCGGCGUCACCUGGACAACUUUGACAAGCUGCUGCGCGUGCUCACGCACCUGCUGCACGUGCUGCACGCGCUGCCCAAGCGCGACGCGGCCGACGAGGCGGCCGUGCGCCGGCUGGUGUGUCGUGCGCUGGCGCAGCAGGCGCGCACUGCGUCGGGCGACUCGCUGCUGCACCUGGUCGUAAGCCGCGCAAACACCAUGAAGCCGACGGCCUUCUUCGAGGAGGCGCACGCGCACGUGUUUCCCGACGCCUCGCUGGCCGCCCUGCUGCUCGACUGCGGCGCCGACGUCGAGGCGUGCAACGAGGCCCGCAGCACGGCGCUGCACGUGGCCGCGCUGCGCAACAACUUCGUGCCGGACGUGGUGCAGACGCUGCUGCGCCACGGCGCACACCUGGACCGGCGCAACGCCAACGGGAACCAGCCGCACCGCAUGCUGGCCGGCAUCGGCGAGUGCGUGCUCAACCCGCUCCAGCACAUCAGCCUGCAGUGCCUGGCCGCGCGCAAGAUCGUGGAGCGCCGCAUCCCUUUUGCGGGCGAGGUGCCCAGCGCACUCGAGAACUUCAUCCGCAUCCACUGACGUGUUGAUGAUGGGCAGGCCCAGUAGUGAAAUAGCAAGCUUGCCUACUUUGAGUGCACAGCUAUGCAAGAAGCAAUAACCACACAUAUGCAAGUAUACUUUACAACAUGUUUAUCUUUUUACCAGCUGUGUGGCACAAAUGGUGCUAUCGAAAGUGUCAUCAGUGUCUGUCCAUUCUCAUGCAGUCUAGAGGCAACCUCAGUCAGUAGGAGGGUCCAUCUUACGAAACGCAAAUUGCUUCUGUUCACUACUGGGUAUGGUGUUUUCUCCCAUCUUAGGGACCACGUGUUUGCACAGUGUUUUAAUUUACCAUUUUAGCAGGCAUGUGCCGUUGAUCUGAAAUUGUCGCGUCGCUUAAACAGCUGUAUUCUGGUAAGAGACGACUGAAGAAACAUGCAUAGUUUUUGUGUAUGCCCAAACCAAGUGCCAAACUGAUGCAAAGUGUGACUUGGCUGCAUCCACAAUGUGCAUUUCAUGCCAGAAGGUCUCAACUAGUUAUGCUGCAACAAGCUGGUUUGAGCUGAACUGGACUUCCUGUGGGAAUGCGACUACAGGGGAAGGAAGGACAUUAUGCAAGCUAUUGGUAUGGUUUAUGCUCUGUGAACCUGCCUUUCUGUGGGUGGGAGUGGUGGCCUUUCAAUAAAGCAUCAUUGCAGUGUGAUGCACA